CCUACCAGGAGGCACAGAUUCCAAGUCCCAUCUGCCCCAGAGGUGUACCUAAAAAGUUGUACUUGACCUGCGGAUGGAGCCCUUGAUGUGUGACGAGUGACUAAACCAUAGGUGGCAGUGCCAUCACUUGAGCUUCAUUUGAACAGUGUCCCAUGGGGAGGUCGGUAUGGAAACAUAAAGUAAGAAACCUUUCAACCCACGGAGUCGGUAUCACUAAAUCUACGCUAGUCCCAUUCUCCAGCAGCAGGCCUUAUAGCCUUAGGUGUUAUGACCCAGAAUUUAAAAUGCCAGGAGAUGAGAAGUUCAGGUGCACGCCUGCAGCUAGGACGCAGGCGCUCAGCGACGUAACCAUUUGUACUCGACAGGAAAGGCAACAUAGACGCUGGUCCCCAACCCAUGCGGUCAUCGCGUUCCCAUGUUGCGUCAUUGCGUACUGCCUCGGUGCAGGCUGGGAGUUGUAGUUUCUUUCCUUCCCAGGAGAGGUGCGCUUGCGCAGUGGGGAACGGGGGGUUGUGGAGGGAGAGAGAGAGAGACGGGUCUGGCCAUGAGCGGGCAGUGUGCGAGGCGGCGAGCGGAGCCGGCCUGGGUCCCGGGGAGGAGGGGAAGCAGCUCUCUCUGGUGAGUGUGUGUUUGAGGGAGGGAGCGGGGAGGUGGCCUUCUCCCUCCUUCACCUCUCUCUUCACCCCCCCCUCCUCCCGAGUGUCCGGCGGAGGGCUUCCCGAUGACUGCGUGGCUGAUCCUGCCCGUCAGCCUGUCCGCCUUCUCCAUCACCGGCAUAUGGAUCGUGAUUGGAGAACUGCAUGGUAUGAUUAUGGGACACAGACCAGACCCCUUCCAAAUAUAUUAAGAAGCUACGCGAUGGCAGUGAUGAACCACCACGUGUGUCCCGUCGAGAACUGGUUGUAUAACGAGUCCUGCUCAGAGGAGACAACGAAACAGGACUAUCCCAAAAGCUGCUGCACUGUUCAGGAUAUCCCAUUGGUCAGUAAGUGUGGUUCGUACCCUCCUGAAAGCUGCCUCUUCAGUUUAAUCGGCAACGUGGGGGCUUUUAUGGUGGUGGUGAUCUGUGUCCUCCGCUACGGUCAGAUUCUGGAGCGAUGCCGCCCCAUGUGGAUCAACACAGGUGCCCUGGUCACCGGCUGCAUUAACGCAGUCGGGCUGAUCAUGGUUGGAAAUUUCCAAGUUGACCAUGUCAAGAGCUUGCAUUACAUCGGUGCCGGAGUGGCCUUCCCCGCAGGAAUGGUCUUUGUCUGCCUCCAGUGCAUCCUGACCUACAAAGUGGCGAUAUCCCUUCUGGAUCACUGGAUAGGCCACAUCAGGGCUAUCCUCACCAUCUUGGCCUUAAUCUCUCUCGUCCUCAGUGGCAUCUUCUUUAUCAACGAGAGCUCAAUGUUUCAACACGCCGCUGCUGUCUGCGAGUGGAUCUUCACCGUCGACGUGCUGGUCUUUUACGGGACCUUCUCCUUCGACUUUGCCUCUAUCACCAACGAGACGGUGCUGGCCAUUAUGAGGAGAGGGAAGAGCAAGGCGUCGAAAUCCCCGGGGAGCAGUGCGUCCGCCCACCUCAACAGCAACCCAGAGAGCAUCGCCAUGAUUUAAUUGCUGCAGACUGGAAUCUACAGUCACCCUCCCUGAUUCAGAGCUGCGCACGGGUUCUGAGGUUUAAAAUCUACAGUUGAAUGUGUGCCAGGUUGCUGUUUGAGGGAGUUCCAAACGUUGACCGUCCUUCGUAGAACUGUUUCCUAAUUUCACUCCUGAAGGCUCUGGCUGUAUCACUUUUAAGACUUGUAGACCUGGACGCCCCAACCGGUGGGAACUGUGUCUCGCUGUUUAGUCUCGGUGUCUUCCCUUUCAUUUGGAUGGAAAAUUGUCAGCUCAGUGUGAGGCAAAACCGCUCCCAGCGUUGUACUCUUGUGCCCUCGAAGUGCGGUUAAAAAGGACCAAGUGGGUCACGGACAGAUGGGGAAGACUUGCCUUUUAUAGAGUGCUCUCUCGGCAUCAGACACUGCAAACUACUUCGGAGCCAACGAAGGUGAUUUAAAAUGAGCCCAGACAGCUCGCCUCACUAUCUGGAUCCGUUUAUGUGUAUCACUUCAUAUCCAUGUCCAUGAAAUGUGAUUUCUGAAGUUUAUUUCCACACCCUGGAGCCGGAAAUACCAGCUUCUCAUGGAAGAGAAUCUUAAAAAUAAAAAUCCCAGCUCUUUGGUUAAAGGAUGCUGUAUCACAGUUUGCUGGGGUGUGCAGAUUCUGCACUGCAGGGAAGACUGGGUCAGCCUCACUUGUAGGUGACUGUACGUCUGAAUUACAGACACCCCCUCGCCCUUGCCGGGGAGUUAGAUUCCUGACUGAGGUGUUGCUGCUCCCUGAAGCUGUUAACACACCCUUACCUACUCAGCAUGGUCAUCGGUCUCUGAGCAUUCACUCGGGCCCUGUGCCCAGUACGAUUGGCACAUUGUUGUGAAAUACAAAACCACCCCCACUGGCACUGUGCAGGAGUUGCGGUCUGUUGGUCAGUAAACCUCGAGGAGAAGCCUCAUCUCACUCUCCAACUCCAAACAAGCCCUUGGAGUCACCAGCUCAUUGGCGUUGACUUAACGUUUGUGUACAGCACAAAUCUGGAACACUGGCUAUAAAGUCAAGUUGGCUUCCGAUUAGCGCCCCCCCCCACUGGAUUGAAAUCGGGGAGGGUAGGGGUUUGAAUGCUGUGAACGAUAAAUUCACUCCAAAUUUAAAAUGAAAAGCUGCUUACAAGAGGGGUUUAUAUCAACGAGAGUGCCUGGAAUUCUUCAGGCGCUCGAGGAAUGUUAAACAGAAGAGAAACUAGGUUCGUUAACCACAACGAUACAACCCCUUCUAACUGCCUCAGGACCACAGACUGCUCCCAGACACCACAACUACUUUUGAAGAGCUAACGCUUCGAUGGUUGGACAGAUCUGAGGGCGGGGGGGAAAGAAAACACGUCCUCUGGCUUUGUCUGUUUUGAAUUUAUUUAUUUUUUAAGAAAAGGGAAACACUCGCUUACUGUGAAAUUUUGUAACAAAAUCUUUUUAAAUUCUUCUGUCUCGACGUCAGAGGCCUUGUCUUUUCACCAGGUUCCUGCAGAAGAAAUGUUCAACACUACCGCGGAAAUUGUCCUGUGUCGGAGCCUUGAACUGAACCACCAACUUCAAAAAUCAUGCGUCAGGAAUUGCAUUUUUUUAAAAAUAAACGUAUUUUUAAAUGUU